ACGUGUUUUCAGCAGGCCUGCCAGAGCUGACAUGAGGGCGAAUUUUACAGCGUCGAGAAAACGUUUGUCUCCGAAACCUGACUGUUCUGCCAGACAUGGAUUUCGAAGCAGCAGAGAAGCCUCGCAGAGCAGCGCACGAUCAUGAAAUCUCGAUGGCCAACGUCGGUUGAAACACAAUUUCUUGCAGCGUCUCGUGUCGCGGAUGGUGGAAGAGAUUAGGGCCUCACUGCUGCUCUUGCUCCGGGGAAGCGACGUCAGCUGGCUCAACGAGCAGUCCAAGGAGAUUGCCAUCAAAAAGGUGCGCACUUUGUGUCGGGCUGUGCGCAUGUUCUCCAUCGGAGACACCGAUAUUGUACCGUUGCAGAUCAGGCGGCUGAGACUAAUCCAACAGCCCAUCAACAGCACGACGCUGGAUUGGGAGCCUCCCGUGCUGCACCCAGAAUCGAGUUUUGGCUCUAAUGUCGCCAUACUUCUGUCAUCGAGAGCAGAACAAAACUGGAAGCGCCUCGGGAGAUACAACUACUUCGAUAGCGUGCCAGUUCCUCAGCUACGGAUGGGCAUCUCGUACGAUGUCUACCGAAACGCUAUCGUUGUGCCUGCCAUACUGACUGGAUUGGGUCUUUCGACGCCCGGUAUCCUGGCCCUUGAUCUCAGCCCCUCCAUCAACUUCGGCGCAUUCGGUUACCUCGUGGCCCAUGAGAUGCUGCGAAGUAUUAUGUUUAGUGGUUCGUGCCAGCAGCUUGGCGCUGUCGCAGAUGCUCAGCCGGGAACUCGUCAUCGGUUCGACCGCUCUGCCGGCCGCUUUCAAGAGCUGGUGCCACACCAGACGUCGCAUUUACGAAUCGUACUACAUCGAGGAUGCCAAUCAGCCGCCACCCGAACUCAGGGUGAACCAUAUCCUAAUGGACUUCGAAAAAUUCGGCAAGACAUUCGACUGCCAGCUGGGCGAUAUUAUGACGCCCCACUUCAAGUGCAGCACAUGGUAGAAAAGAAACAUGAAAGACAGACGGAGAAGGAAACACGUCGACACUGCUCUCGAAAACGCAUGAAAAGAAGGCUACGUUCGUGAGAUAUUAUUAUAGCCUGUUCAAUGCCGACUGCUU